AUGGAGCCGUCUUCAUGGCCCCGCGCCGGCCGCCGCGGUGGCGUCCUCGGCGGGGGAUUAGGAGAUAUCAGAGUUGAUGAUCGCGCAGUGAUUACGAGCUGCCUUAAUCCCAAACGCCACCUGUGUCGACUCUCAGACUUCGCUCGAUCUUCAGCCUCGACGCAACUUCUUGGACUCGAGGCCACACCUGACGAGUCUUCGGCGCCGAAGGGAUGCUGCGUCUGCUCCUGCUGCUCUUGCUGGCGCUCCGGGGGCAGGCCGGCCGCGGGGGCGGCGACCAAUGAUGAGGAAUACGUCACCAAGCUCCGAGAACAAUUUGAAUACUUCAAGCAGCUCAUCCUCCACGACUUGGCCACGAAGGGCGACAUCGUCGACUUCGCAGACUACGACCUGAGAACGUCGUCCCUCGAGUGCGAGGAACCGGCGGAGAUUACGUGCAAUGACCUCGAGCGGAUUCCCGACGCCUCGUGCGGCUGCGGCGACACGGGAAAUCUUUGCGACAUAGAGCACAAGGGCAACUGUAAAUUGUCGUGGCAACGAAGCACACAUUGUGACUUUUUCCUAAACAACACCUGCCAUGCGAAUUGCAUGUGCUGUAUAAGCUGUUCAAAAAAUGUCGACACACCUUGCAAAGCCAACGGCGGUGUCUGCGAAAAAGCCUGCGGGCAAUUUCAGUACAGGAGCAACCAUACAUGCCACAGCAGCUUGUGCAGCUGCUGCCACUCAGUUGAAGACAAAGGCUGCUGGAAGAGCAAUGGCCUGAGCCGUUGCGUCGGGAAUCCCGCCCACUGCAGCAGAGGAUACUACCAUGACGACAGCCUCUGCGAGAGUCCAAGUACCUGCUGCAUUCCCUGCAUGGCCUUGCAGUCCUGCACCCAGGCCGGCGGGUACUGUGAGAGCUACGCCCAUGACUGCCUGCCGGGCUAUUACGAAACCCAAGGCGGCUGCGAGACUGGGAACUGCCGAUGCUGCAAGCCAAAAACAAACAGAGUAUGCUUACGUGACGGUUCCGCUGUGAUGGGAAAGGCAGACAUUUGCAGUCCAAGAUUCUGCCCACGAAACUUUUUCCAGUAUGAUAUAGGCUGUUCCUCCCCAAACAAAACUUGUUAUUCUUGUGCAGCAGGUAAUGCAUUAAAGACCUCAUUUCUAUCUAUAUGGAAAAAUAUACGUUAUUUCUGUUGAUUUGGUGGUUGAAAA